UUCGCCUGGAAGUCCCUUCGCUCUGCUCCGUCUCCCGUCUGUCUUCUCACUCUCGGACUGUCGGCAGACCAGCUCAGACCCCCGUCGCCAUGACGCCCACCCCGCCGUUGUUCCUGCUGCUGCUCUGCCUCAUUGGGGCUCAGGCCACCGUGGACCUCCGCAUGGCCGCCGCCAUGGCGGCUGGUUUGUGCAAAACUCGUCCCACAGACAUCGUGUUUAUCAUCGACAGCAGUCGGAGCGUUCGCCCUUCAGAGUUCGAGCAGGUCAAGGUCUUCCUGGCUAAAGUCAUCGAGGGACUGGAUGUUGGACCCAACGCUACCCGCGUGGGAGUUGUCAACUACGCCAGCCGCGUCAAGAACGAGGUGUCUCUGAAGACACACCGCACCAAAGCUGGGCUGAUUAAGGCGGUGACCAAGAUCGAGCCCCUGUCCACUGGAACAAUGACGGGUCUGUCGAUCCAGUUUGCCAUGAAUGUGGCCUUCAGUGAGAGCGAAGGCGCUCGUGUCAAAUCUCCCGACAUCAGCAAGGUCGCCAUCAUUGUGACAGACGGGCGUCCCCAGGACAACGUGAAGGAAGUGGCCCAACGUGCACGGGACGCCGGUAUUGAGAUUUUUGCCAUCGGCGUGGGUCGCGUGGACAUGACCACCCUGAAGCAGAUGGCCAGCGAUCCUCUGGACGACCACGUGGACUACGUGGAGAGCUACAGCGUCAUCGAGAAGCUCACCAAGAAGUUCCAGGAGGCCUUCUGUGUGUCGGACCUGUGUGCCACUGGGGACCAUGACUGUGAGCAGGUAUGCAUCAGCUCCCCUGGAUCAUACAAGUGUGCCUGCAAAGAUGGCUUUACCCUCAUGGACAAUGGUCGCAGCUGCAGUGCCUGCAGCAACUCAGCGACGGAUGUGGUGUUCCUGAUCGACGGCUCUAAGAGCGUGCGUCCAGAGAACUUUGAGCUGGUCAAGAAGUGGAUCAACCAGAUCAUUGACAAACUGGACGUCUCCGAAACCAAGGCUCACGUUGGACUGGUGCAGUACUCCAGCUCAGUCAGACAGGAGUUCCCCCUGAGCCGCUUCAACAACAAGAAGGACCUGAAGGAGGCCGUGAAGAAGAUGGCCUACAUGGAGAGGGGAACCAUGACAGGUCAGGCCCUCCGCUACCUGACGGACAACAGCUUUGCCACCGGUCAGGGCGCUCGGCCUGGAGUCGCCAAGGUGGGCAUCGUCUUCACUGACGGACGCAGCCAGGACUACAUUGGAGAUGCCGCCAAGAAGGCCAAGGAGCACGGUUUCAAAAUGUACGCCGUUGGAGUUGGCAACGCGGUGGAGGCUGAGCUGAAAGAGAUCGCCUCUGAGCCAACAGGAGAGCACUACUUCUAUACUGCUGACUUCAAAGCUAUGACCCAGAUUGCCAAGAAGCUGCAGAUUAACAUCUGUCAAGAGGACGACCCUUGUGAAUGUGACUCCCUUGUAAAGUUCCAAAAGAAAGUAGAAGACGCCCUACAGGCACUUACAAAAAAAUAUAUCCUUUACAAUGGAUGAUGUGGUAAAAGGGGAUGUUUGUAGAGGGGUAUAUAUUCUAUUUUGUGUCUUUACUUCAGUGUUGCUGUCCUUGACAAAAUCUUACUAGACAGUAUGUCGAAGAGAAUCGCCUUGCUGGAGAACAAAAUUGUUUGAGGACUCACAUCCCUCUCUUUCCUACACGUGCACAACCACCCACGUACACACAAACACACAGACAGACAGACACCUUUUACUUCCUGUAAAAUACAGAAGAGGAACCCGUGUGAGUGCGGACCCUAACCUGUGCUUCUAUCCUGAGCUCUCCCACACCACCUCCACCCCUCCACCUCUCUCUGUGUUACCUCUUCCACCCUUGGGUCUCCUGGGACACGAAGCGGCGGUCGCCAUGGGGACCACGUCUUUAUGUGUGUGCUCCGAAGGUCAUGCUCCAUAUCCAGCCUGUGUGUUUGUUAAUAAAAGUCUUCCCUCAUAGGGAAACGGUGACGGUACACUGAAGGGUUUUUACUUUUUAAUCUGCCCCAAUGUUGAAUUUCCCCAAACUGCAUUGAGUCUGUGUUUUCAUGUCCAACGGAGCGGCGUAUCACCCUCACCUGUUUGUCUGUUUCCAUCUGGCACUGUCAUCAUUCCUUUUUUUCUCCUAGCCCUUCACACAUCUCAUAUCCUAUAUGGCAUAUAAUAUAUUUACAGGUAAAUUAAUAUAAGAAGAGGGUGAUGUUUUUAUUUUCCUAAAUAAAGGUGAUUCAGGAAGU